ACUUACACACAAUUUUGUUCCUCCCUCGCCAUAUCUCUUCCUUUAGACGAAACCUGAUAUUUUCAAGAACCAUAAAAAAAGAAAACCUCGUUCAAUUAUUUGAAAGCAAAUAAAUGGAAACAAAUAAUAAUAAUAAUAAUAAUAAUAAUAAUAAUAAUAAUGCACCGAGAUGGACACCAAGUCCAAGCCAAACAAGACCACUGGCUAAAACAGGUACAGAAGAUGAUGAAGAAAAGAAAAUAACGAGGGGUUCCAGCAGUUUAAGGAAGUAUUUUCCAUUUAGUUUAACAAGUAUUAGUAUGUCAUCUUCACUACCUCCUGCUGUAUCAUCAUUAGCUGAUCAUGAUGAUGAUGUUGAUUUCAAUAUGGAGCUUGGUAGCAAUAAUAAUAAUAAUAAUAAUAAUAAUAAUAAUGGUCAUGAUGAUGUGUCUUUGACAUGGAAAGAUUUAUGGAUUACGGUUAAGGCUGGUAAAGGUGGUAGUGAUGGUGCCGACGAAAUUGGAGGGCAACGCUCUAUUUUACAAGGGGUAGCUGGUUUUGCUAAGCCUGGACAAGUCUUAGCUGUUAUGGGUCCCUCUGGUUGUGGCAAAUCCACUCUUUUAGACGCUUUGGCAGUGAAUAUUAAUUACAAAAGAAUGAAGCUUAAGGAUGAGGUUAGAAGUAAUGAAGAUAUUCAUUUGUCGUUGACAUGGAAAGAUUUGUGUGUGACCGUCGCUAAUAAUGGCGGGGACAGCGGCGGACGACGCCCCAUCUUAGAAGAUGUGAGUGGUUUCGCAUCCCCUGGACAGGUCUUGGCUAUCAUGGGACCUUCUGGAUGUGGCAAGUCAACUCUUUUAAAUGCGUUAGCGGGAAGACUAGGUUCAAAUACCAGACAAACAGGGGAAAUUUUGAUCAAUGGUCGAAAACAAACUCUUGCUUUUGGAACUUCAGCAUAUGUAACUCAAGAUGACACUUUAAUGACAACAUUAACAGUAAAAGAAGUUGUAUACUACUCAGCUCAACUUCAACUGCCAGAUUCAAUGACUAAAUCCCAGAAAUUAGAGAGAGCUAAGGAUGCAAUUAGAGACAUGGGUUUACAAGGUUGUGUUAACACAAGAAUAGGAGGUUGGAGUGUUAAAGGUCUUAGUGGAGGACAAAAGAGAAGAGUUAGUAUUUGCAUUGAAAUCUUGACAAAACCAAGGUUAUUGUUCUUAGAUGAGCCUACUAGUGGUCUUGAUAGCGCAGCUUCUUAUCAUGUCAUGAGCCGAAUCAUCAAGCUUGCCAAACAGGAUCAUAGGACAGUUAUUGCAUCGAUUCAUCAACCGAGCAGUGAAGUCUUUGAGUUGUUCCAUAAUCUUUGCCUCCUCUCAUAUGGAAAGCUUGUGUAUUUUGGUCCCGCUUCAACUGCUAAUGAGUUUUUCGCUUUGAGUGGCUUCCCCUGUCCAAGCAUGCGAAACCCUUCAGAUCAUUACCUAAGAACCAUCAACAAAGAUUUCGAAACUGCUGAUAUUGAGCAAGGUUUUGGUGGAAAGAAGAGCACUGAAGAAGCAAUAAACACGCUGGUCGAUUCAUACAGAUCAUCACAAACAUAUUCAGAAGUACAACAACAAAUUUCAAUGAUAUGCCAACAGGGAGGAGGUUCAACCGAAUCAAAAAGAAAUCAUGCGAGUUUCAUCACACAAUCGAUUGUUCUCACCAAAAGGUCAUUCGUGAACAUGUAUCGUGAUUUGGGGUACUACUGGCUUCGGCUUGCAAUCUACAUUGCACUUUGCAUAUGUGUGGGGACUAUAUUUUAUGAUAUUGGAAACUCUUACGGUUCAAUUCAGGCUCGAGGAUCAAUGCUCAUGUUUGUUGCACAGGAGGAUCAUAGACUUGCGUACAAGUUUACUAAUAUGAUUUUUACAUUUGUCACAGUUCUUAUUUCUCAUGUUGAUUGGAAGUUUUUGUUGAUGCUGGUAGAUUUGAAUGCUUAUUCGGAGAUUAAUGUUGAUGUUUGA